UAGUUACUACAUACUGCUAGAAGGCCAUUACAGUUACCAAUUUCUGGGAAUAUCUUGCAUUAUCGGCUACAAUCUCGGUGGACGCAAAAUGCUAGCAGUUCUCAUCUUAGCCACCAUUGUGGCUUCCGUGGUUGCAGGACCACCAAAACAGAAAGUGCACUUUCAACCUGUGCCAAAGGCUGUAACUCACGAAGAACCAGCUCUCGUUGGAAAGAAUGUUCCCCUUUUGAAGCAACAUCCCAGAUACCACAAACAAAUCGUAACUGUAGUUGACCAGGUAGCAAACAUCAUCAAAAGACCUAAACUUCUCGUCAAAGAAAUUGCUGUCAGAGAAAAGUACCCCGUUGAAAAACCAGUGAUUCAUCACAGAAGAGUCAUCAAGCCCAUCCAUAAAACUAGAACUAUUGUUCACAGAAAGAGGGUUAAAGUACCACGACCAAUCAUCAGAACUAAAAUCAUUGCAGUUCCCCAACCACACAUUGUACACAAACCAUACCACAGAGUAAAGACUGUUACUCAAGUUUUCGAACGAGUCCACAAAAUCCCCAAACCAAUCCCAAGACCAGAAUUGAGAAUCAUCAGCCGUGACAGACCAUUCCCAGUAGAAAACUUGGUUAUCAGAAAGAGACCUAGGGUUGUUGAACAUCCAUUCGACAAGCCAAUCCCAAUUGUUGAAGAAAUCACAAACGUUAUCAGAAAACCAGUACCACACCCUAAGAACAAAGUACUGACAGUUGAUAAACCAGUCAUUCACCACAAAAAAGUGCCAUAUUUCCCAAAAGCUCAUGGUGGACACCAAGCUGGAGGAUACGGUCAAGCAAAUUACGGAAUUGUAAAUCAAGGAUAUGGACAACAAAACUACGGCGGCCAAGGUUACAUUGAACCAAAUUACGGAUUUGCUAAUCAAGGCGUAGCAUACAAUGGAGGCCAAAUAUAUGAUGCCGGAUUCAAUCAAGGAUAUGGUCUGGGUGGUGGUAUUCAACAAGGAAUGUACUUAAACCAGGGUUUAAACUAUGGAUAUAAUCAACAACAAGGUUAUGGUCAACCACUCUAUUAAGUUUAGACGUUAACAACUUGCCAAUUUCGGUGGCAAGUUUAGCAGAAUUUACAUGGCAUCACUUAAUUGAGAUUGUAGCCAAACAUGCAGUUUAACAGUUCGGGGCUUUAGUUCUGUUUACAUAUAAUGUAGAUAUUAAAUAUUGCCAUCGUUUUUCAGUAUGUAUUCAUCAUCUUCGGGCGUCUAAAAUAUAUAUUUUACAUAAAUUUGUCUUGGUUUCUAUUAGUUGUUAUGUUUUUGAUUGCAUUAAUCAAAAUCUGACAGGUCUCACAAUUGAUCAGGAAGUUAGCCGUUUCAGAAUCUAAUGUAUUUUUUGUAAUAUUUUCAAAAGCGUACACCAAAACGUUGUGAUUGGUUAAAACGUCCUAAACAAUAAAACUUCAACCAAUGA